AUGAAACCAAUCCCAUUCCCCUACGCCCUAAACAUCGGCACAGACAUCGUGCACCUCCCGCGAAUUACCCGCCUCCUCACCCAACGCGCAAACUACCUCUCCCGCUUCACGCAGCGCAUCCUCAGCGACACCGAGCAGCGCGACUUCCACCGGCGCUUCAAGGGCGUCCUUCAUCCGACCUCCCCCACUACACUUACGUCGGACCCAUCGAAGAAGGAUACUUCGAAUUCCCCGCGCACACCGCCCGUCACACCGGAAAUGACGCGCUGGCUGGCGGGCCGCUUUGCGGCGAAGGAGGCGGCGCGCAAGGCUGCACCCAAGGGUGCGGCGUCGAUUGGGUGGAAGGAUGUAUUUGUUAGUGUGCAGAGGGAUGAGAGGGGCGUGGACGGGGUGUCUACUGUAACCUCUGGAGCUGGGACAGGGCCUGGAGAGGGGGGCCAUACGGCUGGUGAUGGGACGAGUCGGAGGCCGGAGAUUGUUUAUCGGGGGAAGGAGGGGGAGCCGGACCGGGUUGGGAAGUUGUCUAUUUCGCAUGAUGGGGAUUAUGUUGUUGCGACUGUUCUUGCGGCGGGGUGA